CCUGUCCCAAUGGGGGGCUUCUCUGCGGAUUCCCAGCAGGGAUUUUUAGUGGGGGUCACUGAGAAGCGCGCCAUGCCUACCAUCCCCCAACUCACCUGGAAACAGCACCAUCCAGUGUGGGUUGAUCAGUGGCCCCUAUCUGAGACCAAACUGCGCGCACUGGAAGCCCUUGUGGAAGAGCAGCUUGCCAAGGGCCACAUCACUGAGUCCAACAGUCCUUGGAACUCCCCUGUCUUUGUCCUAUACAAACCAGGCAAAGACAGGUGGAGACUCCUUCAGGACCUCCGGAAGAUCAACGAUGUCAUUGAGGAUAUGGGACCCCUCCAGCCUGGCAUGCCUUCCCCUUCAAUACUCCCCCGGGAUUGGAAGCUGGCAGUCAUUGACAUAAAGGACUGUUUUUUCAACAUACCCCUCCAUCCUCAGGACGCCCCCAGAUUUGCAUUCUCGGUUCCCUUUCCAAACAGACAAGCACCUUUAAAAAGAUACCAUUGGCUGGUCCUUCCUCAGGGGAUGAAAAAUUCUCCUACCAUCUGCCAGUGGUAUGUGGCCCACAUCCUGUCACCUGUGAGGACCCUGUUCCCAGAUGCUGUCAUCCUCCACUACAUGGAUGACAUCCUGAUCUGUGAGGACAAGAUCCAGCACACCUGCCCUUCGACCUACCUGGGACUCCGGAUCUGUGAACGGACCAUCGUGCCCCAGCAGCUGACCAUCAAAGACAACCCCAAGACCCUGCGUGACCUACAUCAGCUCUGCAGGUCCAUCAACUGGAUACGCCCUCUGCUUGGGGUAACAACAGAAGUCCUUGCAGCGCUCUUCAACCUGCUCCGUGGCAGCGAGGUCCUCGACUCACCACGCUCCCUCACGCCGGAGGCCCGGGAAUCCAUCACCAAGGUCCAGGAGGCCCUGUCUUCACGGCAAGCCCACCGCUAUGAGCCCAGCCUGCCCUUCCAGCUGGUUAUCCUGGAGCCUGACCCCCCUGUAAUACAGCACUUCUCUAAUUCAACUCAUGCCAAACUCACAGAAAAGCCACCGGUGCUGAUCAAGGAUCCUGAAUCACAACUGACAUCAGGACCUUUCCCACUGAUUACCUGGGGGAGACGGUCCAGAAAAACAGCAGUCCACUGCAGCCUGGAAACGGAGACGUCGUCAGAGUCCACCGAACCGACCUGCCACCAGACCAACAACCAGACAGAGGCCAAACUGUCCUGCUACCAGGGCCGCAACGAGACGACUACCAGCGUCACGCCUGACACCAUGACACCAGUACACAAGUCUUCUUAA